AUGAUUAUUAAAAAAUUUGAACCCGAAGAGCCCAUAGCAAAUGACACCACAUCGUCAAAACGAAUUUUUAGCUUCACUGAAAUAAUAGUCAACGAAAUCGAAAUUGCGAAGCUCCCCACAAUUUCAAAUAAGUCAUCCGGCAAACUCAGCAGGAAAAAUUCAAAAUCCCUCGGGAACUCCAUGGUUAUAGAAAAGCCUUCAGUUUCUUGAAAUGACUUUGUUAGAAGUACCUAUUAUACAGGAAACCUCACUCCAAAGCCUAAAAUAAUGUCUACCUUCCUAAAGCAGAAGCUGGAGCAGUUGAACCAAAGUGUUGAAGCGUAAUUAUUAUUAACUCCUUCCGUAAGUGAACAAAAACAUCGUAAAAGUCCCUAAUUUUUGGCCAAAAAACCCACCCUCCAUGAACAAAAAAAUAACUGAUUAUAUAGUAAUAAUUAUUAUAAUGAAAUCUCUAGCUAAUUCUGUUUAAUUUUAAGAACUAGCAUUUUAAAAAACAUAAAUUCAUUAAUUUUCGCUUUCCAAUUUUGCGAAAAUGGAUUUUAUAAAAAUUACGAUAAAAUAAAAUAUAAAUUUUUGUUAAAAAUAUUAAACCAUUCCAUUAGCGAACAGAAAAUAAGAAGGGAUUAAGAGAGUUCACAAGGUCACAAUCCUCAAAAGACGUCCUCAAGAUGGCGCAGAAUCUUGAAAAUUCCUCUUUUGUGAAGCAAAAACUGAACGAGUUCGAGAAUGUCGUGCUUGUCAAGAAAAACAUAUUCAAUAAGAUCCAUCAUGACGUGAAUUUAAAGAAAAGGUACUUAAAAGAGCUAGAAAAAGAGCUUGAAUACCUAGAACAAAGCAACCCUGACACCAUCGACAACGAAAACCUAUUAGAGUACCGCGCCAACGAGCACAAAGAAAUGAUGCAAGGUCUGAAUAAUGAAUUGUAUUACCAAGAAAUCUUAAACUUCAUGAUAAACACACGCGUCGCCGACUUGAAAACUAAAGUAGCCCCUAUAAAUGCCUUAAAAAAAGAAAUGAAUCUGCUAAGUGGGAAAAUUGACGAGUUUAAAAGCCAUCACCAGAAGCUCUGUGAAGAAAUUGUGGAAAUUGAAGAAGAAGCCAAAGCGAUCUUUUCUCAAAUGAAAGAAGAAAAGACUGAAAGAGAACAAAAAAUAAACGCAGAGCUUUCUACUUUAAAAGACUCCUAUAGGCUUGAGUUCUGUUUAUCUCGAGAAAGAAAAUGAAAUAAACUCCAAGAAAAAUAUAAACACGACCAAAAGCAGCUGGUCGUGUUUGAAAGGCUGCUGAACAAUCUGCAAGGCGACCAAAGCAUCAAAGAAGAAAUCAACAGAAUUGAAAAAAAGCUGCAAAAACAAGAAGAAAAAUUUGGGACUGUCCAGCGGGCAACUAAUAUAAUUUCUGUAGCUGACAUGCACCCUUAUUUCUUAUAUCUGGACGAAAUCAAGACCAAACUUAAUGAAAAUGCACAAAACGCCCAAGAACGCAUUGAAAUGCUGAAUCAAGAAAGACUUUUCCUAAGCCAGCAGCUGAAUGAGCUGCUAUACCAAAAUGAAGGCUUUGGGGCUUCCUGCACUGAUGUCGAAAUGAUGGACAAUAAAUGCAAAGACUUGGUUAUUUUUAUAAAUGAUUAUGAAAAAAUGAUAGAAAAACAAGAAGAAGUCAUCGUAGCCUUCAUAAAUAGCAUAAGCAGGCUGACAAAGCAGCUUGGGAUUACAAAGGAAAACAAUGAAAUCAACAGAGACAACUUAAAUGACUGAAUUAAAUUGUGCGAAAACAAGCUGGACAGCUUUAUUCAGAUAAUAAAAAAGGAGUCGUUUCUGUUGAAUGUAGAAAGUGUAAAUACCAGCAAGUCCUUUGUAAGGUCGCCUACCUUUUUAAAUUUAAAUAACCGAAGGCCAGAGAGCUCAGAGCCUAAUAACUCGGGGAAAAGUGAUAAAAAGCUGAAGUUCUUCAAGAGAAGUUCAGUGAAGCUGCUAACCAGGUUUAAAAAGGACUCACAAAGCUAA